AUGGGGCGGAGCUGCUGCAGACGCGCGCUCGACGCUCUGUGCCCUUGCUUCCGCCGACACCGCUUGGGAUCGUCGACGUCGGUAAGUGGCGCCUCGGGCGAGCACGACAUGAGCCUGAACUUCAUACUGCACGGGGAGUGCGGCGUGGGGAAGACGAGCCUCAGGAACCGGUGGGUCGACGGCAUCUUCACGGGAGACGUUGCACCCACGUUCGGCGUAGACUUCAACAUAAAAACUCUCGAUCUGGUGCAAGAAGAAGGGGAAGACGAGGGCGACCAGGCGCGAGAGGAAGAGACUGCCGUCGCAGGCAAGACCUUACCGAGCGGAGGACGAGGAAAAGGUGGGUCCACGGCCAAGCAGGCGCCGCACGCGGAUCUGAAGGUGAAGAUCAACGUGUACGACACGAGUGGCAAGCCUGGCUAUCGUGAUGUUAACAGCACGUACCUACUGGCCUUCGACGCGGUGCUCUUCGUCUACGACAUUUCCUCGGUGUCUACGCUCAACGAACUACGCCAAUAUUUCAACAACCCAGAGCACCGUGAAAAGCUUGCGGCGAAGAAGAAAGCAGGCAUGGCAAUGCUUUUGGUGGGGAACAAGUGCGACAUGCCGCUAUCGCAACGACAGGUCGGUUCUCAGACAGGGCAAGACACUGCGGCAGAGUUCGGCAUGCCCUUCGUAGAGGUGAGCGCCAAAACCGGGACAAACGUGAGAGAGGCCUUCAUGUUCGCCACGACUCGAGCCGUCGGGGAGCACCUCGCCCGCACCCGACUGAAGCAGUCGGCGGGCAGGGGGAGGGGGGCGACGGUGAAGAAGACGAUGCAGAAGGUUCCGGGUCUUCAGCGCGCUCUGCGCACGAGGGCUAGCGUGCUGGACGUGUUCACUGGUCUGACGGGGCGUCGCCGUUACCCCCAGAAAGCCCAACCCGUCGGCAUCCUCCCGGCAGCCCCACCCACCGCCGGCAACGCCACCACCGCCGCAACUACCUCCGCCAGUGGUGGCGGCGGCUGCGGCGGCGGUUCGGCGGCAGAAAGGCCGUUGCAGCGCCCGUCGUCCUCCGCCCGGCGCGGCGGGAGAGGAGGCCUGGGUCAAGGGACGACCGCCCAAGCGUGGGCGCUACGCGCGGCAGCGCCGCCCCACCGCUGCCACCUGUCGAGAGCCAAGUCUUCUUCGCCCCGUGGCUUGACAACGGCGGCGGCGGCGGCCUUCCAGGGGCUGCAGCAGCGGCGGCCGGAGUCGCCGGUAGCUCGGAGCGGGACUGGGGACGCGGCGACGUCGAGUUUGCUCGAAAGGCCGGAGUUGUCGCCGGUGGAUGUGGAGAGAGGUUCCGAGGGGGCCGCGUUCCGGAAGGGAGGAGCGUCCACGCUAGCUACGACGACAGCGGCGGAGGACAAGGAGUCCGUCUUGGCGUGCGGUCGUCGCUCCAGCGGGACGUCCCCGGAACGAACCGUCAGUACCAGUGGCGGCAGCCACGGCGAUGUCUCGCAGGGUGCGGCGGCGGCGGCGGCAGCGGCGGCGGUAGCGACGGCCGAAGAGAGCGCGACGAAGCAGCUGCGAGAGGCCAGCAGUUUCUGGUUGGUGCGUGCAUUCUGUGUACAUACCGCCAUGGGUCGGGGGGGGGGGAGGG